AUGGCUGCCAUCACCGACAACACACAGUGUGCGCUAGCAUCACCCAUCUCACAGAAGCGGAAGCGCGCCGAUUGGGAAACCCUACCGUUAACUCCCCCGCUUUCCGCCCAGGACACGGACGGCGUGCGCCUGCUUUCGCGCGCUGUCAACGUGCUGUCAACCGCUGCAACGGCCCUCUCACAAGUCAGCACCUUGUACGAAACAGACCCUGUAGCCAGAGAAGGCCUUCUCCAGGCAGUCGAGUGCGUCACCAGCGUCAACGAGGCCGGCGGCAAGCUCAUCAUCUGUGGCGUGGGCAAGAGCGGGCUUGUGGGGCAAAAGAUGGUCGCAACCAUGAAGAGCCUGGGGAUAGGCAGCUCCUUCAUGCACGCUGCUGAGGCGAUUCAUGGCGACCUCGGUGAUAUCAGAAAGAAUGACGCCAUCAUGUUUAUCUCAUACUCUGGCAAGACUGGCGAGCUCAUGGCUCUGCUCGACCACAUCCCCUCGCACACGCCCAUCAUCGCCGUCACCUCGCACACCCAUCCCUCCAAGUGCCCGCUCCUGAACGAACGACCGGACGCCAUCUUGCUCCCUGCACCGAUCCACGAGUUGGAGGAGGUCUCCUUUGGCGUCUGCGCGCCCACCACCUCUACAACCGUUACCAUCGCCGUUGGAGAUAUGCUCGCGCUCACAGUGGCCGACGCCAUGCACGAGGGACGGACGAAGAGCGUCUUCAAGACGAACCACCCCGGAGGAGCCAUCGGCGCCAAUGCUCGGCGCCUCAAUAAAGACCAAGUGGAGAGUACCGUGAGCCAGCGCGACGGCAUGAUUACACCACCAGUUGUAUGA